AUGGCCACCCCGGCUCAAUGCUACUACUGUUUCGAGACCCUUGCUGCCUCCUAUAGGCGCAGAGAACCAAUCAGCCUUGCGUCUGUGGAAGAGCUCUGGGAACGACACGAACAAUAUAAGAAGCUCGCCGCGUUAGAUGAGGAUGACGAUUCGCAAUUCGUAGACGAGGACGAGAACACCGCGCCGCUUUCUGGGAAAAGCAGUCGCUCCCAGAAAAUCAAAGUGCCCCGAGUCAGUCGGCUUCAGUCUGGCUCGAGCUCCUCUACAACACAAUCUCUCGCGUCUACCAACUCAUCGCAGUCUGUCCUGUCAAGCUCAACCUCAGUCACGACACCCAAUUCCUCGUCAGAUACGGCCAGUGGCAAGCCGAGAGAGGACAAAUAUCCUCUGUUUGUAACAUGGAAUACUGUCUCGAAACACGGCCACAAAUCGCUCCGGGGCUGCAUUGGCACAUUUGAGGCGCAGGAGCUUGCCGAGGGCCUGAAAUCCUACGCGCUCACAUCCGCAUUUGAUGACACUCGGUUUCCCCCCAUUCCAGAGUCUCUUCUGCCAUCUCUCUCUUGCUCAUUGACGCUCCUCGGGUCUUUCGAGCCAUGCACCAACGCUCUGGACUGGAUCCUUGGGGUGCAUGGCCUUCGCAUCUCCUUCAUUCAUCGCGGCAGACGUUAUGGUGCAACCUACCUUCCUGAUGUCGCGGUUGAGCAGGGAUGGUCCAAAGAAGAGACCGUCAACAGCCUGAUGCACAAAGCAGGCUGGGAUGGGCCCUCCGAGAGCGUGGCGAGACGGUUUUUGCGAGGCAGCAGCAAUGCUGGUCAUGGCGCUGCCGCCGCAACCAAGCCAUGGGAGCAGGUCUCCGAUUUUCGAGCUGUCAAGUACCAGGGCCUCAAGGCCAGCAGCAGCUACGCGGAAUGGCAAGAAUGGCGCCAAUGGGUCCUCUCGCUAGACGAUGGGAGCCAACAGCUUUUGAGUUGA